AUGGGCUACUGGAAAUCGACAGUCGUUCCGAAGUUUAAGAAGAUCUUCGAGAAGAACACCACCAAGAAGACAGCUGCUAUCGAAGCUUGCAAGUCCUUUGAUGACGCUAAGGAGGAGUACAGCAAAGAGUUUGAAGAGAAGAAAACCGAGCUCCAAACUAAAGUAAUAGAGAUCUAUGAAGCUUCUGCAACUGAAAUCAAGGCUUUGGUGAAGGAACCUAAAGAUGCGUCUUUAAAAAAGAACUCCACCGGAGUUACCAAGUUUCUUGAAGAACUAUCCAAGAUAGAAUUUCCGGGGUCGAAACCAGCACAUGAAGCGUGUUCCAAGUUCGGACCAACGUUGGUUCAGGGACCUAUUUUCUUUGUAUUCGAGAAGGUGUCGACGUUUAUUGUGGUAGAAGAGAAGGAAACAACGAGCAGUAAAGACAAAGACGUGGCGGUGGAGGAAGAGAAGAAAGAGGAGGUGGCGGUGGAGACUGAGGCAAAGGCGGCGGAAGAGGUGGCAGCCCCGGCGGAGCCAUCAAAGGAUUGCUGAUCGAGAUGACAUGAUCAAUUUAUAAUAUGUACGAAGAAGCUGGCAACAAUUUGAUAAACCUGUUAUUGUUUUUGUAUUCGUUUAAUUUUUUAAAAUUACACUUUUGUAGCCCAAGUACUUGUAUUCCUAUGGUAUUUUACAGUUUUUG